CGCCUCGAAACCCUAGAAAGCGUUACGGAGAAACAAAUAGUAAAGGAGGAGGACCGAGAGCAAAAGAAAGGAAGGUCAAGUGCAUCGCCUGGUCUCGUGUCUUCUCUUCUCCUCUCUCUAUCUAGGGUUAUAGAGAGGGAGAGAGAUCCAGGGUUUCCAGAUCUUCUUGAACCGAAGGCGAGAUAUGGCUGCGAUCCCUAGAGUUCCCUUUGGUUUGAUGGCCGUCGCGGCCCUUAUCUUCUGCAUUGUCUUGCCGGCGGUCCAGGCCCAGGCUCCGGCCCCAGCGCCGACUAGCGAUGGGAUGUCGAUCGACCAAGGAAUUGCCUAUGUGCUGAUGCUGGUGGCCCUAGUCCUCACCUAUCUUAUCCAUCCGUUGGAUGCUUCAUCCCCCUACAAGCUCUUCUAAGCCAUUCCAUGGACUGAAUUGACGAGUUAUGUGAGGAAAGGGAGAGAGCAUUGUUGACCUGAUUGUUCACUUUGUUUCGAUAUUUUGUGGUUUGGGAUUUGGACAUCUGGUUGUAUUGUUUUACUUGCCUUUGUUUUAGCUAGAUUCUUUUUUCAUGCAUAUCUCCAUCCAAAUUCCUUCCAUC